AUGGAUUCCGACGGUUCAGACGAAAUGAUGUACGACGAUAAUCGUGAAAUGGAAGAGGAAGAUGAUAGUGAUACGGAGUCAGAGGAGAAAGAUGAGAAAUCUGAUGAGUUCCAGAUUCUAAAUCCCGCCGCCCUAGAUAGCACAAUGACCACCUCGAUCUCAGGAGUCGUGGAAACCCUAGAAAUCCCAUCUGGCACUGCUCGAAUCCUUCUACAGAAAUUCAAAUGGAACAACGACAUUCUAAUGGACAAAUUCUACGAGAGCACCGAUGUGGAGAGCCUUUUGAAAGUUCACAAAAUCGAAUCUUCUGAAUCCCAAGGAGCCUCCGAAACCGGAGACUGUGAUAUCUGCUGUGACACUGGAACUCUUACCGGAAUGUCUUGUGGCCACGUGGCAUGUUACGAGUGCUGGAAGAUGUUCAUCAUGGAGCAAGUCAAAGAGGGACACAGUGAGAUUCAGUGCAUGGCGUCGAAAUGUGAACUUUUGAUGCCUGAUGAGAAAGUUUUGGGGUAUUUGGAAGAUUCUGAACCUUUGAAAAGUAUGAUUCUCAAUAAUUAUGUACAAACGAACGUCUUCUUGAAAUGGUGUCCAGGACCAAACUGUGAGAACGCCGUAAAAAGUGACUACUGUAAUCCCCACCUUGUGACUUGCACCUGUGGCACACGCUUCUGCUUCUCGUGCUGUGACGACUUUCACAACCCAAUCAACUGUCGCCAGAUGAAGCUAUGGCUCAAAAAGUGCAGCGAGAGCGGGGAAAACGCCAAGUGGAUUAUUCAGAAUACAAAGGACUGUCCAAAGUGUCUGACGUCGAUUGAGAAGAAUGGCGGGUGUAACUAUAUGAGGUGCACGAAGCCAGCGUGUGGCUAUCAGUUUUGUUGGAUUUGUAUGGACAGUUGGGAGGUGCAUAAGCAUGCGUGGUAUAAAUGUAGCAGCUUUGACAAAUCCAAGGACACUAAUCGAAAGGAGUACCGCAGCAACCACGAUCGCUAUCUGUUCUUCUACAAUCGAUUUCGUAUUCAUGUGGAAAGUGUGAAGCUUGAGAAGAAGCUCGUCGCGAAAGUCGAAAAACUAAUGGACAAAAUGCAACAGCGCUCGAUCCCCUGGGCCGAGGUUCGCUUCCUGCCAGCCGCCGUCGACACGCUAUCCAACUGCCGUCGGACCCUAACGUACACCUACGUCUUUGCCUUCUAUCUGAACAGUAACAACCACUCGAUUAUGUUUGAAAACAAUCAGAAGGACCUAGAAAUGGCCACUGAGCAAUUGUCAGGCUUUUUGGAGCGAGAUAUGGAGAAGGUGGAUGAUUUGAAGGCGUUGAAUCGAGAUGUUCAGGACAAGUGUCGAUAUGUGGAGCAUCGGAGGAAAGUGCUCUUGGAUCAUUGCUCAGAAGGUGUGGAGCAGGGCAUUUGGAAUUUUAUCGAAGAGUAA